AUGGCUAUCAUGGGCAGCCAUAGUCCUUUGGCUUUUGCAUUUGGAAUUCUAGGUAACAUCAUUUCCUUCUUGGUGUUCUUGGCUCCACUGCCAACGUUUUACAGUAUAUACAAAAAGAAGUCCACAGAAGGAUUUCAAUCAUUGCCUUACCUGGUGGCAUUAUUCAGUUGUGUGCUUUGGUUAUACUACGCGUUGGUCAAAAAAGAUGCCUUACUCCUUAUUACAAUUAAUUCAUCUGGAUGUGUCAUUGAGAUCAUUUACAUCAUCGUGUACCUAAUCUAUGCUCCCAAGAAUGCCAGGAUCUUAACCAUUAAACUAUUUAUGGCGAUGAACGUGGCUUCCUUUGCCCUGAUCCUCUUCGUCACACAAUUUGCUCUAUAUGGUUCCCUCCGUGUCAAAGUCCUUGGAUGGAUUUGUGUCAGCAUUUCAGUGAGUGUCUUUGCAGCACCUCUAAGCAUUGUGGCACAGGUUAUUCGAACAAAGAGUGUACAGUUUAUGCCCUUCAAUUUGUCAUUUUUCCUCACAUUGAGUGCCAUAAUGUGGUUUACCUAUGGUCUCUUGCUCAAGGACAUAUGCAUUGCUAUCCCAAAUGUGCUGGGUUUUGCUCUGGGGCUACUUCAGAUGCUGCUAUAUGCCUUUUACAGGAAUGGUGGAGUUAAAAAGGAGGUUGUUACAGAGGAGAAGGAGCAAGUAAUUGAUCAACCAAUGAAAAACAUUAACAUUGUUGUUGUGAAGCCGUUGGGAACUAGUGAAAUAUUCCCAAUCCCAGUGAAUGCCAACGUUGUUGUUGAGGAACUUAAUCAAUAUGUUUAG